AUGGCACUCCUCAACCGGGGUCUACAGGGCCGGUUGUACGAUGUAGGAACCCUGUGCACAGAGAAGGUAUCCGACAAGAUCGACCGCGCUUGGGUCGCUUUCCUCGACUGUGGUGGAGGAUGCUCACUCGCCACAAAACUCGCGAACCUGCAGGGGUCCAACCCACAGGCGGUUCUUAUCUAUAACCAGGCCGCCUGUACUGUCAACACUCCUAGCGCACAACCAGCGGAACCGGCGGGUAGGUCUACUACUCCCACGGCUUCUACGCCCGUUGCUUCUCCUGUGCCAACGCCAGUGGCACCACCAGAGACGGAUGCGCCUGUUACGUCUGUUGCUCCUGCGGCACCAACACCAGAAGCACCUCCAUCUGCUGCGACUACGACUGCUGUUGCUGCUCCUGCACCUGCGGCACCGACCCAACCAGCCGACGAAGGAGAAGGCGACAGCAACGAUGAUGUAGAUGGUGACAGGAACGACAACGACGACGAUAGAAACGACGAUGGGGAGGGAGAAGGCGGGGGCGAUGGUGAGGAUAAUGGUGACAAUGAUGGCGAUGAUGGUAACGAUGAUGGUAACGAUGGUGACGAGGACGAAGAAACAAGGAAGCAUCCACGCUCCUUCCAGACCCGCAGCAGAAACAGCAAUAUCAUCUCGCUCGAGGGUCUUGUCGGUGCUCCAGGCGAGGGACUGGGAAAAGCUGAGGCAUUGCCCCAGGGUCGGUCACCACGUCCUCGUCCCAUCCUACACCCACACGUUGUUGGGUCAAAGAAUCGAUCGACUGCCAGAAGUUCGCCGAUGGAUACUCACGGUCGCCGCCGCUCCCCGCGUGCACUUCCAGCCCUUCGCCCUGUUGUGGGAUCACCCAGCGCUGCAGCAAGAGCAGGAAUCAGCGGCGAUAUUGAACCCCAAGGCCGCUCUCCUCGUUCACGCCCAGUCCCUCACCCUCACAUCGUCGGAGUCCGACGCGCCGCAUCUGCUUUCUCAUCCGACAAACACCCUCACCAGCAACAACAAUAUCAUGAGGUAGUAAAGGCGAUGGACAUUGCUGACACAUACGUCCAGUUCCCGAUCACAGUCGCCAUGGCGGAACAAGUAACAACGGACUACCUCCUCAAAAUCCUCACUGGCCCUGCGGCAUUUUCCCCGCUCCCGGCCCCACUCAAAGCCCUCAAGACCACCGUCAACCCCAUCGCCGCCGCCGACAGCAACAAUGGGGUCAUCACCGAUUUGAUGGUCAGUAUUUCACCUGCGUUCGGGGAAUCGACGGGAGAACGCAAGUUCCUGUCAAUGUCGAAACCGAUCUUUGCGACGGUGAUUGGGAUCCUGUCGGCGGUUAUUUGUGGAGUGGUGUUGAUGUAUGUGGUGAGACCGCUUGUGAAGCGCCACCGGAGACAGAGUGGUGGUGGGUCGACGGCGUUGGUAGAUGAUAAUGACUCUGAGAGCCGUGGUACCCCUCCCUCACAGUCCACGGGUUCUGGUGCUGCUGGGUACUAUGGGAACAGCACAGCUUACACCGGAAACAACAGUAAUGGUGGCAGUGGGUUAUAUGAUGGCGGAUAUGAUGACUACAACCAGCACUCGUCCAAGGAAGGCCCUUACUCCGCCUCCUCAACCGCCACUGGCCCUACCUCCCAGCUACCGCCCAUGCAAGAAGUUAUUUCAGAGAAGCACUCGCACCAGAAGAAGGACAGCAACUCGGCCCCUACGAUCUUUGACCACUCCCUCUCCGGAAACAACAUCCCUCACUCCGCCACUGUCUUCCCUUCUGCAUCUAACGCAGUCGAGUCCGAGGACCCUGAUUAUGCGCAUAAGCAUUUGGAGCUCUUGCGUAACCAGGAUCAAUAUCGUGAGCCUCAGCCUGUGCCUCUUCCAGAUUCUACGGUCGCGACUCCUACGACUGCCACCGCUCCUACUCCUUCCGUCCAGAUGGAGGUGAUCCAAUCUGCGAGGACACGAUCGAACUGGGGUAGUGGCUACACACCUACCACCCCAUCAGCGUACUCGGCCAGCACGCCUACAUCUACAACUGCAACCGUCCCUACAGCCACACCAACCACCGCCGAGCCCUCAUCGAGUUCUACUUCUGCAUUUGAGAACAUCUGCGCUGCUGGAUCUUUGUCGCACAACAGAGUCCACAGCAGUGUCGGCGUGAUUCCUGAAGAAUCAGACCACUCUCUCCUCGAACCCUCUGCUCCCCAAGACUGCACCCACCCUACUUCCACCUCUGGACUCACCCCCGCAACCUCCGGUUCCCACCGCCACAACAAUGGCGACGAAGAUGAUGAGGAAGACGACAGGUACUCGGUCGUCAGCAGCAGGAAUGGCAGUGACUUGUUCCACUCUGAAUCCAAACCCCGUCUCUUCCCUACCUCUAUCGACACCUCCGGCAUCCCCCAUUCUUCCUCAACUGGCAACAUCACCUCAGCCUCAACCAGCAUCACCCGCGAAGGAGGGCUUGCAACCACGUUGUACAGGAACCACCGUCUCAGCAUGGACAACCCUGGUGAUUUCUCAUCCCCCGCGGCCCAGUCGCCUUCCUCGAGCCUCAGUCUCGGCUUCCACCAGCGUGGCAGCUUUGGUACGGGUACUGAUUCGAACUCGAACACUCCACGUGCGUCGGUAUCAAAUGACUUUGUGCCCUCUCGCGCCAGCAUGGAUUCUUCUGCACUCUACCGCGACAGUAGCAGGAGUACCGAUCUGCAGACACGCUUCCAGGACAUCAUGGCAUCCAGCCGCGCAUCCGGUGCCCCACGCUCGUCUGUAGAUGGAAGUACUCCUCGCGCUUCUUUCUCGGAUGACUAUCGCCACCGUGUGCCCACAACUCCUUCCUCCUCGCGCCUCCCCAACGCCACUACUGGGGAAGCGGCACCCCGCGCUUCCAUCUCCAACGACGCCCCUCCUAGGGCGUCCUUCUCGGAGGACUAUCCUGUCAGGCCGUCGUUGGAUACCCUCCGCGCGAAGAUGAAUGCUUCUACACCAACUUCUGCCACUGCGUCGAGUGAGUUGAUGUCGCCUUUGAGGGAGCAGCGUGCUUCGACUGCUAGCUGGAGUCGGUACGUUUGUCGUGAUUCCUCAGGCGCUGCCGCCAACUGA